AUGGCUGCCCUAGGGGAGGAUCUAUUGGUUACUGUCAAUAAAUUGCAAGACCUAGUUUUUAACACCAUUGGAAAUGACUCGCUUGAUUUACCGCAAAUUGUUGUGGUCGGCUCGCAGUCAUCUGGAAAAUCGUCUGUAUUGGAAAACAUAGUUGGAAGAGACUUUCUUCCGAGGGGCAGCGGAAUCGUGACUAGAAGACCUUUGAUCUUGCAACUUAUAAAUAUUCCUAGUGAGCGUCAGGACAAACCCGAAGGCGAUGAUGUCCAUAUUCCGCAUACGGCCGCCAGUGUAUCUGGACAGAAUGAGUGGGCAGAGUUCCAUCACCAUCCGGGCCGCAAAUUUGACGAUUUUGCUCUUGUUAAGCAGGAGAUCGAAGCUGAGACCGCGAGAAUAGCCGGGAAUAAUAAGGGUAUCAACCGCCAGCCGAUCAACCUGAAGAUAUUUUCUCCUCAUGUGCUCAACCUCACAAUGGUUGAUUUGCCAGGUCUGACCAAGGUGCCAAUUGGAGACCAGCCGUCGGAUAUUGAAAAGCAAACCCGUGCUUUGAUUCUCGAAUAUAUUGCGAAGCCAAACAGUAUCAUCCUAGCCGUCUCACCCGCAAAUGUCGAUUUGGUCAACUCUGAGUCUCUGAAGCUAGCCCGACAGGUAGAUCCCAUGGGUCGGAGGACAAUUGGCGUUUUGACGAAAUUGGACCUCAUGGAUCAUGGGACUAAUGCCAUGGACAUUCUGUCUGGCCGUGUGUAUCCGCUAAAGCUCGGCUUCAUCGGAGUGGUUAACAGGUCCCAGCAAGAUAUCCAGUCUGGCAAAUCUUUAUCGGAAGCCCUCCACGCUGAAGUCGACUUCUUCCGACACCACCCGGCCUAUCGAAACAUGGCAAAUCGAUGCGGUACACAGUUUCUUGCGAAGACGCUGAAUUCGACGCUAAUGUCACAUAUAAGGGAUCGCCUACCUGACAUAAAAGCUCGCCUAAAUACUCUCAUGGGCCAAACACAACAAGAGCUUGCCAGCUAUGGCAACAAGCAAUUCAGUGGUAAAGAACAUCGGGGGUCUCUGAUUCUACAACUGAUGACGCGAUUCGCGUCCUCGUUUAUAUCUUCAAUCGAUGGAACUUCAUCUGAAAUAUCCACCAAAGAGCUAUGUGGCGGUGCUAGGAUAUACUAUAUAUUUAAUUCUGUUUUCGGAAAUUCCCUUGAUACCAUUGAGCCGACACAGAACCUUUCAGUUUCGGAUAUCAGGACAGCCAUUCGCAAUUCGACUGGGCCGCGCCCAAGCCUUUUUGUGCCGGAGCUUGCUUUUGACCUUCUCGUGAAACCUCAAAUAAAGCUACUCGAACCUCCUAGCCAAAGGUGUGUUGAGCUAGUUUACGAGGAGCUUAUAAAGAUAUGCCAUACCUGUGGGUCGCAAGAACUCCUCCGCUUCCCCCGCCUCCAAGGCAAGCUCAUUGAAGUCGUGUCGGAUCUCCUUCGUGAGAGACUAGGUCCUUGUUCAACGUACGUGGAAUCGUUGAUUUCAAUACAAAGGGCCUACAUCAACACGAACCAUCCAAAUUUCCUCGGUGCAGCUGCGGCAAUGUCUUCAAUUAUGCAAAGCAGACAAGAGCAAGAGAGGAAGGCCGCGCUAGCGGAAGACCGACGCAAGCGAGAGAAGAGACGAAUUAAAGAACUGGGUGGCCCGAACGGAAAUACGCCCGCCUAUAUUGAAGAAGAGGAAGAGCAAUCAGAAGCCAAGCACUUUCCUAUCAGAUCCCAAUCUAACAAAGGAACUAGAGGCAUGUCUCCUCACGUUGGUAAAAACCAAGAGAGCGGGGUUACUGCCAGCUUAAAUGGCACGCACUCCAGCGCACAAGGCGCGUUCGGAGGUGCAAAUUCCACCCGCGAUUCGUUCUUGAAUUACUUUUUUGGCAAGGACGGUGCGCAACCAUCUACUUCCUCUGCUCUGAGUCAAAAUCAAAACAGACAACCCGCCCAUGAAGUCAACACCAGCCCUAAUCCACGGCGCACAGAGAUCCUUUCACCUGUGUUGAACUCGCAGGAUUACACCGCAAUGGCUGAACACAAUGAUGUGGGUUCCUUUUUGAGGGAUGAUUCUGAGCCAGCCAUCUCUGACCGAGAACUUAUGGAAACUGAGUUGAUUCGAAGGCUAAUCUCUUCAUAUUUCACCAUCGUGAGGGAGACAAUUGCGGAUCAGGUUCCAAAAGCCAUCAUGCACCUUCUUGUAAACCAUAGCAAAGACGUUGUGCAAAACCGGCUUGUUAGCGAACUCUACAAAGAAGAGUAUUUUGCUGAGCUUCUUUAUGAGGAUGAUGGCAUCAAAGCCGAGAGGGAAAAGUGCGAGAGAUUGCUAGAGACAUACAAGGCUGCGGCAAAGAUUGUUGGCGAAGUCCUGUAG